AUGUUAUUCUGUCCUUCUUCGAGUUUAAGUUCAAAACUUAAAACGCACCCUUCAGAUUACGGGAAAGGUGUUGUGACUCAUUUCGCCCCUGAAUUACCACCAUCCAUAGAGGGCCCGGGCUUCAUGAUUUACACGGAUGGGUCGAAAAUGGACAAUGCAGUCACCAGCGCAUAUAUAGUUUUCCAUAAUGGUACUGAAGUGCAAACCUGGAAGUACCAUUUGUCUCCGCACACUUCAGUCUUCCAGGCGGAAGCCCUUGCUUUGCUUAAAGCAAUAGAAUGGGCACAAACUACCACAGCAGAAGAUUUUACAAUCUAUACUGAUAGCCUAUCGGUACUGUACGCCAUCAACGACCCACGCCACACCUCCCCACGCGUGUCCCAAAUUCUGGAGACACUAAGAAAUACGAAUCCGGUCCAAAAAAUUGAAAUCUCUUGUGUAAAAGCGCACGUUGGUGCCCAGGGCAACGAACGCGCAGAUGCCCUGGCAAAAGAGGCAGCACAGGACCGGGAUGCGUUGCAAAUAGACCCACCUUUACCAAAGUCACUUCUCAAGCGGCAGACUUGGCAGUCAGCUCUGUCGCAGUGGCAGCAGGAAUGGAACACGUCGCCACAAAGUCGGCGAACUUUCGAAUUCAUACGAAAAGUGGACACGGAACAACUCAUAUUUGCGCCCUUCUUAACAAGAUUCAUCACAGGACAUGGGCCGUUUCCGACCUACUUCGCAGAGAGAAAUAUAACCUCCACAGACCUGUGUGUCUGCCGAAAAGUCGGAUCCCCCGACCACUACCUGACGGAGUGUCAACUCACCACACAAUGGCACGUUAAACUACCGUCGAAUAAUGUGGCCGCCUUUAAAAGGUUCAUGCUGAAACAACCACGACUUGUGGAUAAAAUCAAAAAGAUCAUGGAUCACUUAGAAGUACUGGGGCAGCAGCUCUGCAACCCUGCAUAG